AUGGACCAAAAACUGCUGAAAAUCUUGCAAUCCUGCAACUCUCUGAAACAACUGAAACAGACCCACCUUCACAUUCUCAUCCAUGGCCUCCAAGACAGCAUCUUUAUGCUCCCCAAGCUCCUCACACUCGCCUCCCAACUGGGUUCUCUUCCCUACGCUCAUUCCAUCUUCCAGCAUUCUUCCUUCCCAAACGUUGUCGCUUACAACACUAUGAUAAAAUGCUCCAUAGGAAAGACCCGUGUGGACGCGUUGCGCGUCUAUGACCAGAUGAAGACGUUCCGCAUUGCGCCGAAUAGUUACACCUUCACUUUUCUUCUCAAAGCACUUGAGUCUUUUGAGGCACUUGAAGAUGGGAGAGUGGUUCACGGUGACAUUGUCAAGCUCGGGUUCGGCUCCAGCGUCGUUGUUCUGAACCACCUGUUGGAUUUUUUCUCUAAAUGUACGGGUGGGUUGGAUUUUGAUUCUGCAAGGAAGGUGUUUGAUGAAAUGCCUGAGAGGGAUGUGGUGUCUUGGAAUUCUAUGAUUGCUGGUUACAUGGGUCGCGGUAGGGUGGAGCCUGCAAUGCGGCUGUUUCACUCGGCGCCGGCGAAGAACACUGUGACGUGGAAUUCUGUUGUUACUGGCCUUGCCAAGGUUGGAGAAAUGGAGAUGGCGCGUUCGGUUUUUGAGGAAAUGCCGGAGAGAAAUGAUGUUUCUUGGAAUUCAUUGAUAAGUGCAUAUACGAAGUUGGGGGCUAUGAGCUCGGCGAGGUGUUUGUUUGAGAAAAUGCCGGAGAAAACAGUGGUUUCGUGGACCGCCAUGGUGUCUGGAUACACUGCCAUUGGAGAUAUUGAAUCAGCCUGGAAAGUGUUCACUUUGAUGCCGGUUAAAAAUGCUAUAUCGUGGAAUGCGAUGAUUGCAGGUUAUGUUCAUAACAACAUGUUUGAUCAAGCUCUUUCUGUUUUCCAGAAGAUGUUGAUAGAUGGCAAGUGCAGGCCUGAUCUGAGUACCUUGAUCAGUGUGCUAUCGGCCUGUACUCACUUGGGUUCUCUUGAACAUGGGAAAUGGAUCGAGUCUUAUAUUAAGUGGAGCAAGUUUGACAUGUCUGUAUCUUUAGGAAAUGCUCUGAUAGACAUGUUUGCAAAGUGUGGAGAUGUAGAAAGCGCAAAAGCUGUUUUUGACAAGAUGGACACAAGAUGUAUAAUUACAUGGACGACAAUGGUUUCAGGUCUGGCUGUUAAUAGUUGGUGCAGGGAAGCAUUAGCUCUCUUUGAAACAAUGUGUUUGAGAGGACCUAAACCAGAUGAUGUGAUUUUCAUUGCUGUGUUAUCUGCUUGUGCUCAUGGAGGGCUGGUGGACGAGGGCAAAAUUGUUUUUUAUCAGAUGCAACAUGAGUUUGACAUCAAACCCCGAAUAGAGCAUUAUGGGUGCAUGGUUGAUCUUCUAGGUCGGGCUGGAAAGUUGGAAGAAGCACUCAGUUUUGUAGAAAACAUGCAUUUGGAACCCAAUGGCGUCAUUUGGGCCAGUCUACUGAGUUCCUGUAAGAUUCAUGGAAAUAAAGAUCUGGUGGAGUAUGUAACCAGGCGUAUUACAGAGCAGGAACCAGCAGACCCCGGCUAUUUAACUCUUGUUUCUAAUUUGAGUGCAUCAGUUGGAAAGUGGAAAGAUGUGUUGGCCUAUCGGCAAGUUAUGAGACAGCAGGGAGUAGAAAAAGUUCCUGGUUGCAGCUCAGUCCAAGUGGGGAACAAGAUAAAUGAGUUUCUUGCUCAUGAUACAAGGCAUGAGGAAAGAAAAGACAUUUAUGGAGUGUUGAAUUGUUUAAAUGAGCAGGUGGCAGCAGAUGAGGUACUUUGGGGUUAGGUAGAUCAGAUGUGAGGAUAGAACCAGAAGAGCACACUAUGAAAGACAUUAGGUUUUUGUAGAAGCAAGACAAUUUCUACUGAAAGAACAGAUGUUCGAACAAAUUCUUUUGUAGGUGACUGGAACCAACACAUUGAUAAGGGAAACAUAUAUUCACUGAAGGAAGGGUUGAAGCAGUGUAAGGGAAAGUUUCUUCUGUCUCUCUCAUGACAAAAAAAAUUACUAUGGCUUGUGUCACCCUGGAUCUUUCACUGUGUUGGACUAGAAAUCUUUUAUCAAAAGAUUUAAGGAAGAAGUAAUUUACAUUUUUCAUUCUGGGCUCCUUUUGUUUAAAACUUUAAAUGGAUAAUGAUGCUGACUGGCAGUGUGUUCUUUCAUCCAUCAGACGUCUACCAUGAUCCACAGACCACAACCUAGGCAGCAGUAGGACUGCCAUAGCUUUAGUACUAUUAAGUUUUGUGGACCGGCUGACAAUUACUGUACUAAAGCUUGGUCCAUCGCAAAAAAAAA